CUUGUCCAUAUAUCAAAUGGCUGAUUCAUUGAUUUAUCUCACUUUUGUGCUAUAGACACACUGGUAGUGUAUACGUACUUGUCUUCUCAGCAUUUGACGAAGAAGUGCUUACAUCUAUGGGUUGUGUCUUGUGUCGGUAUUUCGUUUUUAUCCAAGUAAAAUACAUUUGAGCAUGCAAUUGGUAGUAAAGAACUCAAAAAAUUGCCGAAGCUCAUAAAAGGCCGGCGAUUCGUUCUUUCGAAUUCUCUUGUUCAGAAGAAGGUAGUUUUUCUGUAGUACCCGGUUAAAACAAGAGCUGUUGUGGAAAUACAAACUCGAUAAAUACUUUCCUUUCUAUUUGUAUUCCUUAAAUUCAAAAGUGGAUAUCUUAAACGUCCUGAUGAUGAAACUAAUAUGGCAGUGUUUGUUUUCGCCUAGACUGUAUAAAGUGUACAAGGAUGGCCCGAAAGAUUCUAUGUACCAACCCCAGGGCCUGGAAAAAUGGGGUGAUAGAAUCAUUUCGAAGGCUAACACCAUCCUAAACAUCGGCCUAUACACGUCUCCCUUCAUCUGUAUGUACAUCUAUAAGCGCGGCUUCUUCACCUAUGACGAGAUGCGUACUUUGGGCCGUUUCUUCGGCGGCAUAACUUGCCUGAUCAUCUUCUCUUUCAUUCUCCGCUCCUACGGCCGAGCGACCAGCACGAAGUACGCCCAGUUCAUCCGGGCCCUGUACGCUCCCAUGACCGAUAAGAAAGCCUACCUCACCGAAAUACGGAAAUAUGAUUUUGAGUUUAACGCCUGGCCCACCACGUACAGCGUUGCUGCGGCUGAGAGUUAUACAAACGAUCCUAUAAUUCGAAUGGAGUCGAUUGUCGGAAGGUCGUCGUGGCUCGACAAGCACCCGUUCAAGACCUGCGCCAACCUCCACCUGCCCCUGUACCAGAGAGCCACUAUCCAGAUCCUCGCUUUCGUGGCCACCCACACCUUCGGCCUCCGUCUCAUCUAUCCCGGUUCCCUCGGCGUACUGCAAGUCCUUUUGUGUAUCACACUUUCAGGGGGAGCCCUCUUCCAAGGUAGGACGCAGCUGGUGGAGAACCACAACGGUCAGCGCUCGAAGCUGGGAACCGCUGAUGGCAACACCAUCGACACCAUGUUCGUGGACCACCGCGGUCAGAGCCCGAACGGCAAGAAGCUGGUGGUGUGCUGUGAGGGCAACUCCGGCUUCUACGAGAUGGGCAUCAUGAACACGCCCAUCAAGGCCGGCUUCUCCGCGCUCGGUUGGAAUCACCCAGGGUUUGGUGGCAGCUCUGGUCUCCCGUACCCGUCUCAGGAGCACAACGCCAUCGACGUGGUGAUGCAGUUCGCCAUCAACGAGCUCGGCUUCCGGCCCGAUGACAUCAUCAUGUUCGGCUGGAGCAUCGGCGGGUACACCGCCUCCUGGGCCGCCGUCAACUACCCCGUGGGCGCUCUGGUCCUGGAUGCCACCUUCGACGACCUGCUGCCCCUCGCCGAGAACCAGAUGCCGUCAUCCUGGUCCCUGCUCGUAAAGGAGGUGAUCCGCUCCUAUGUAGACCUGAACGUCGCCGAGCUGGUCACCAAGUACGACGGCCCAGUGCACCUGAUCCGCCGCACUGAGGAUGAGAUCAUCUGCCUCAGACAAGGGCACCUGUCGUCGAACCGCGGCAACAACCUAGUGGUCCGCAUCCUGGAGCAGCGCCACCCGGCGGCGCUGGGCAGCCAGACGGCGCGCGCGGCGCUGUCCCGCCUGCUGGCCGCGCCCGACUCGCCCGCGCACGUGCCCGCCGGCCCCGACGUGCAGCAGCUCGAGAAGACGCUGCAGCCCCUGGUAUCGAAGUAUAUGCGCGACCUGCGCUCGAGCCACUGCUCGCCGCUGCCUGAGAACGACUUCGUUGAGAUCAUCGAUCGCCUGCAGAACCGAAGGCGCGAAUAAUUAGGACUCCCCGCGCCCCCGCGUCGACACCGCGCCGGCUAUGUCACCAUCGACAUCGAGCCCACGCACCUCCCCAGCCGCGCCCGGAAGCACUAGGCAACCCCGUGCAGUGUACUACUAGUGUACCAGGCUGUGUCGACUCGGACCCAGUGACGUCAGCGAGGACCCAGAGCUUCAGUGGUGAUAAUCCUAUAUAUAUCGUAUCGUAUUUUUUGACCCCUUUUAUCUCAAACUUUGAAGUGUUUAUGACUAUAAAUGUAACCCCUAUUACCAAACGUAGAAAACUGAUUGUAUGUACGCAUGCAUUGAUGUUAUAUGUAACCUAAAUGUAAAAGGCUAUGCAACGAUAUUGUGUACGGAGUAUUGUACCAGAAAUGUACUGAAAAGGAUACUUAGUUGAGCGGUUCGUGAACCAAA